AUGCAUUUUCUACUUGCCAUUGCGGUUCUAGGACUGGCCUCGACUACAACGUGCGAGGUCUUGGAUCGCCAACCUCUAAGUUACGCCGCUAUACCGGACGGCACCUAUGUUGCUCCAGUCUCUCCAACGACGACUACUCUGCUUGAUUUUAUUGAGUCACGAGAUGAUUUGUCCAUACUAAGCUCCAUGGCCAAAGAAGCGCAGGGCUUUGUGCAAGCACUCAACACGAGCACCAAUUGGCAGUUCACCUUUUUCGCGCCGUCAAACAAGGCCUUUGAAAAUACCGGACAAUAUUUUGAGACUUUUACGAAAACUGCCAAGGGUAAAUGGUGGCUAGGAAACCUGAUCCAGCAUCAUUACGUGCCCAAUUCGAUUCUCAAAAAGUCCGCCUUUUCGACUAACAGCACACGCAUCCAAACGGGCACGUUCCUGUACAUCGGUACUCAAGUGGUUGAUGGCAUACUGGUUCUGAAUAAUGUCUCGAGCGUUACGGAGGCAGAUUUAACGAUGACCAAUGGCGUUGUUCAUAUAAUCGACCAUAUUCUUGAUCCUUCGGCCCAGAUAUUUCAGCCUGAUGUCACCAAGACAAGCCAGAAGUUUAUUCCUGGAAGUUGUGCGAAUCCUGCCUUGCCCUAUUGCUGA